AUGCUCACCAUUCUCAAGGAUCUAUGGGCUGUCCUAGCUGUCCUCGCCUUCCUUCUCCUUGUCACAAGUCAGGGGCGUAGACUAGUAGUUCACUGCACAAGGGUUCUCCUCAAUGGCAAGAAUCCGCUACGGUGGCUCGUUGGCUUGCUUGCCGGGAUACUGCCGCCUGUGACGUGGACAUUAGCAUUCAAGCUGGCGCGGAAUAUACCCUCGGAUUGGAGACCAGAUAUUCACACUCACUUGCUACCCGUCUUUGAAGCCAUAUUACUAUCGCCUACGGGCAUCAUUCUCCUCACGAUCCUUGUAACACCAUUUGCAUACCUCAUCAGGAGAGGCUCGAGAACUCAGACGAGCCGCGUACUGUAUCCUUCCCUGAUCUUGCUCUUCCCAGCAUGGCUCAAAGUCAUGAACCUCAUCGCCCUCGGCACUACGUGGACUCCGUUCCAAGACGUCCUCGCCUGGAUCUUCUAUGGUGUCCUGCACUUCGCAUCCCCCUUCCUAGCUGGUUGGUGGAUCUGGGGCUUCGGUCCGCCCGGAGCGGCCAUUGUCUACGGCGUCACCCUCGGUGUGCAGAACAUCUGCGGUCUCUUCACUCACCUCGUCUUUCCCAAUGCCGCCCCAUGGUACUACGACGUCUACCCAAACACCACAAUUCCCACCUACGACUUCCCUGGCAAUCCCGCAGGUUUGGUCCGGGUUGACCAGGCACUGGGUACCCACCUCUACCGUGCCGCUUUCAAGAAGAGUCCAGUCGUCUUCGGGGCCCUUCCCAGCUUACAUGCAGCUAGCGCAGUCUGCUUCAGUCUCUUCGUCGCUAGGUACGGCGGCCGCUGGGGUCACAUUAUCAUGCUCCUCUACUCCACCUUUAUGUUCUGGUCCACGCAAUAUCUCCACCAUCACUUUGCAGUGGAUCUGCUCCUUGGGACAAGUUACUCAGUCCUGGCCUUUUCAGCUGCCACUAUCGUGCUCCGAAAGCUGGAAGCCAAGCACGAGAGGGAAGGGACCACUAGAGGUGUGGACAGGUUGUUCUGCUGGCCUGCACCUCACGCCCACAAUUCAGCACUACCUCAGCAUACCGGGCAGUCCCGAGCAUCCGUCGAUGCUGACGCGCCAGCGGAAGAGGAGAGGAAACGUCGCUACCGAGGCAAAGGCAUGAGCUUCUGGCUCUCGAGCGGGGAUGAUGCAAAGGACGAGGAAAAGGCAAUGAUGCUGGAAGACUUGAGCGAACGUGGGGCUUCCUCGCCAGAGGAAGACCACAGAUCUAUUGCCAGUGGCUCCAGAUCCACUUCGUUCUCGUCGGCAUCCUCCUCGAGCGAUGUUGAGAAUGAGAAGCAGAAGAGGGCCGACUGA